AUGGCCGAGCCCCAACCUCCUGUAGUGGUUCACCCGACACUUGUACCACCUCCCAGAAAGCCUUCUGCUUCUCGAACUCACAAGCUAUCAGUUUCUGUACACGUUGAGGAGUAUGAGGCGAAGGAUCUACAACUCAAAGCAAGUGAUGACUUGAGGGCAGCAAAUGCAAAGCUUGAAGCAGGAGCCAAGGAGCUUGAGGCUAAGGCAUCCGAGCUUGAGAAGCUGAAUGCUAGGCUCGUGGAGCUUGAGAAAGAGAAUGCCAAGCUUGCAGAGCUCAAGAAGGAGAAUACCCGACUUCAGGAGGUUAAUAAAAAGCUUGAAGAAGACAAGGCUACCACUUUUGAUAUAAUUAAGGAGAUAUAUCAAGGUAUUGUUGAUACCAUUACUCUUGGCAAAAGGAAUGCAUCUAAUGUUGGGAAGCGAAUGAUCUUGCCCUCUUCAUUUAUUGGUGGUCCAAGAGACAUGCGAAAAAGAUGUAUGGAAGCAAUGACUUUAGUACAACGUUAUGGAAAACCAGAUAUUUUCUUAACAAUGACUUGCAAUCCAAAUUGGCCGAAAAUUUCAAACGAACUGCUCCAACAUGAAGAACCUCAAAAUAGACCUGAUUUGGUUACCCGAGUUUUCCAUUCAAAAUUAGAACAACUGAAAGACCAAUUGUUUAAGAAGAAAAUAUUUGGUCAAGUCUCAGCGUAUGUCUAUGUCAUAGAGCACCAAAAAAGAGGUAUUCCACAUGCACACUUUUUAAUUAUCUUGCAAAGGGAUUGGAAAUUAUAUACACCGGAAUCUUUCGAUGAAAUUGUUUCAGCAGAAAUACCAGAUAAAAAUACAAACAUACAUUUACAUAAUGCGGUAGUGAAGCAUAUGAUGCAUGGACCCUGUGGAGUCUUGAACCCAUCCAAUGUUUGCAUGAAAAGAAAUGGUUGUUGCAAAAGUAAUUAUCCAAAGAAAUAUGCACCAAAUACAAACAUAGGAAGCGAUUGUUUCCGCAUUUAUAAGUGUUCAGAUAAUGGGGUAAACGUGAAAGUAAGAGGAAAGAAUUUAGACAAUCGUUGGGUCGUUCCAUAUAAUCCAUAUCUACUUGCAACGUUUAAUUGUCAUGUUAAUGUUGAGAUUUGCUCAACAAUAAAAGCAGCCAAAUAUCUUUACAAGUACAUUUACAAAGGCCAUGAUCGAGUUGCUUUCAACUUGAUUUCUGAAGAAAAUAAUCAUCAAGAUGAUGAAAUCCAAGAAUUCCAAUUCGCUCGAUGGAUCGCUCCCCCAGAAGCUAUGUGGAGAAUAUAUGGGUUUGUUAUUAAUGAAAUGUACCCAGCAGUGUAUAGGUUACAUUUACAUCUUGAAGAUCAACAGUCAAAUCACUUUCCAGAUGCCAAUGCAAGAAGACUACUAUACAUAGAAUUUCAAGAACAUUAUGUAUGGAACCAUCAACACAAACAAUGGACCCCUCGAAAAAAGAAAACAGUUAUAGGUCGUGUUGUUACAGCAAAUCCACUUGAAGUCCCAACAUUUCGCGAUGCAGCAACACUGCAUGGUUUACUACAAAGAGACAACAACUUAGAAGAAUGUUUACAAGAAGCAUCGUUAUUCCAAAUGCCAGCCAGUUUGAGACGGUUAUUUGCAGCCAUAUGGUUUAUUGUAAUCCAACCAAUCCAAGAUACCUUUGGGAGCGUUUUGAAAGUAGAAAUCAAUGAUGAAAUGGGUGUUGAAGUCCCAGAGGAAGAUAUCACGGCCUCAGAAUGUCUAAACAGUGAACAACAUGUAUAUGAUGCAGUCCUAGAAAAAGUACUCGAGAAUAAAAGCGGUUCAUUUGUUAUAGACGGUCCAGGCAGGACGGGAAAAACAUUCUUAUACACGGCAAUUUUGGCAACAUUACGAUCAAGAAAUUUAGUAGCACUUGCAACUGCUUCAUCAGGUGUUGCUGCAUCUAUUCUUCCUGGAGGGAGAACAACACACUCGCGUUUUAAACUUCCACUUGGUACUAGCAAAAUGAACACAUAUUAUGUCAGCAAAUAG